AGGGUUCAAAAAACCAGAUUCUCUCUCUCCCUCUAAACUGCACAUUGUGUUGUUUAUUUGUUUCUUAUCUCCAUACAAAUUAUUGUAUUCAUGUGUGAAGAUUCAACGAUGGUUUCUUCUUCCAAUGGUGUCGUUGAAGUUUUGAAUUCAACAGAUGAUGGAAAAAAGUACAUAUCGUCCGAAGAGUUACAGAAACACAACAAGCCGAAUGACCUUUGGAUCUCGAUCAAGGGAAAAGUUUACAACGUUACCGAGUGGGCUAAAAUACACCCGGGUGGCGAUAUCCCGCUCUUAAAUCUUGCCGGUCAAGACGUAACCGAUGCGUUCAUCGCUUUCCACCCGGGAUCAGCAUGGCAACAUCUCGAUAAACUCUUCACCGGGUAUCACUUAAAAGAUUAUCAAAUUUCCGAUGUCUCCAAAGAUUAUCGAAAACUCGCUUCCGAGUUUGCAAAAGCCGGAAUGUUCGAAAAGAAAGGCCACGGUGUGAUCUACUCGCUUUGUUUCGUUUCCUUGCUUCUUUCAGCAUGCGUUUAUGGUGUCUUGUAUUCUACAAGCUUCUGGGUUCAUAUGGUGGCCGGAGCCGUUUUGGGUUUAGCGUGGAUGCAAAUUGCAUAUUUAGGACACGAUGCCGGGCAUUACCAAAUGAUGGCGACUCGUGGGUGGAAUAAAUUCGCCGGAAUCUUUAUUGGAAAUUGUAUUACGGGUAUAAGUAUCGCGUGGUGGAAAUGGACACAUAAUGCACAUCAUAUUGCGUGUAAUAGCCUCGAUUACGACCCCGAUCUUCAACAUCUACCGAUGCUAGCUGUUUCCCCGAAACUGUUCAACUCGUUGACGUCCGUUUUCUACGGUCGAGAAUUGACGUUCGAUUCAUUGGCUCGGUUCUUCGUGAGCUACCAACACUACUCGUAUUACCCGAUUAUGUGCGUCGCUCGGGUCAACCUUUAUCUACAAACUUUACUAUUAUUGUGCUCAAAGCGAAGAAUCCCCGACCGUGGUCUCAACAUUCUCGGAACCCUCGUCUUUUGGACAUGGUUUCCGCUUCUCGUUUCCCAACUUCCGAAUUGGCCGGAACGGGUCGCGUUUGUGUUGGUCAGCUUUUCCGUCACCGGAAUCCAACACGUUCAGUUCACAUUGAACCAUUUUGCGGCUGAUGUAUACGUGGGCCCGCCAAAGGGGAAUGAUUGGUUCGAGAAACAAACGAGCGGGACUAUCGAUAUCUCGUGCUCGUCCUACAUGGAUUGGUUCUUUGGCGGUUUACAGUUCCAACUCGAGCACCAUUUGUUUCCGAGGCUACCACGGUGCCAUCUAAGGUCGAUUUCGCCGGUCGUUAGAGAACUUUGCAAGAAACACAAUUUGCCAUACACGAGUUUAUCGUUCUUCGAUGCCAAUAUAACGACCCUGAAAACGCUUAGAACCGCAGCUUUGCAGGCUCGGGAUCUCACGAAUCCUGCUCCCCAAAACUUGCUAUGGGAAGCUUUUAACACUCACGGUUGAGUCCGUUUUCAUCGGGCUCGAUAUCAGGAUUGAUAUCUCAUCAAAGGUACAAGUCUUGAAGCUUGUUGUACUUUCGAGUUUUGGAGUCGAGACGUGGAAACCGUGGAUCAAUGGUUCGAAAGUUUUCUAUUAACGGUCAUCGAUUUGUUAGUUUUAUACGUUAACUACUGCGAUUCUUGUGUUGUAAAUAGGACAUGACAUGACAACUGUUCAAUGUUUGGUAAGAUAGAACUGAACUGGUAGAAUAACCAAUUUACCCCUUAUGAGUUGUUUC